UGCACAUCAACACAACAUAAAAAGAAAAAAACAAAAAUGAGCGAAGCCUUCCAAAGACCCACGCGCUCCCUCGCUGGGCGCGUAGCGAUCGUGUCUGGCGCCGGCGCCGCGGGCGACGGCAUAGGCAAUGGCCGCGCCUCCGCCAUCCUGCUGGCCGAAGCAGGCUGCAACGUCGUGUGCGUCGACAUGAAAGAAGACCUGGCGCAGCGGACGGCGGAACUAAUCAAGCAAGACGACGCCGGCUCGCACGGGAAGGCCAUAGCCGUGCGCGCGGACGCAACUGUCGCCGCGGACUGCGAGAAUGCCGUCCAACAGGCAGUUGCCAAGUUCGGACGUCUGGAUAUUCUGGUGAAUGUAGUUGGGGUGGGCGGGGCGACGGGGACGGCGAAGGAAGUGGACAUGGCGGCUUGGGCGAAGGGUAUGGAGAUUAACGUGGGCAGCAUGGUGUUGAUGAGCAAGUAUGCCAUUCCCGAGAUGGAGAAGAACGAGGGGCAGUGGAGGGGGAGUAUUGUCAACAUUGCGUCGGUGGCGGGGAUCAGGGGCGGGAAUCCGCAUUUGCUGUAUCCCACUUCCAAGGGCGCGAUUGUGAACAUGACGAGGGCGAUGGCGGUGCAUCAUGGCCCGGCGGGGAUCCGAGUCAAUUGUGUCUGUCCUGGGAUGGUCUACACGCCGAUGAUGUACGCUCCGGGCAUGAGUGAGGAAGCCCGGGAGGCGCGGAAGAAUCGCAGCAUUCUCAAGACUGAAGGCACGGGCUGGGAUGUCGGAGCGGCCGUUCGCUUCCUCGCCGGCGACGAGGCGAGAUGGAUGACGGCGGUGAUAUUACCUGUAGAUGCUGGAGCUACGGCCGAGGCGGGCAGCAUGGUCCCCAAAGAGGCGCAGAUACAGUAGCGCUCGAUCAGAGCGAGGAAACCAGUCUAAUCGAUCGCACUGAGAUGUUUUUGAAGGAUGUGUGCCGAUAUACAU